GGCGAAAGAGAGAGGAGAGGAGAAGCGGCGGCAGGAGUUCCCCCGACAGCUGGAGGCUGCGGUAGUUGGCGGUGUCGGCCGCAGUAAAGCAGGGAACGGUCGUCGUUGUUGGCGGCGGCGCGCGCUGUGCGCGGCGGCGGCUCCUCCUCCUCCUCGCUUGGUUGCCUCGGCUCGAGAGCCAACCCCCCGCUUCCUCGGCUCGCUCCUCCUUAUUGACAAAUACACAAAGGGCCGCGCCGGGCUGGAGACGCGUCUGUGGAGCCGGCAUGGGAGACAAGAAGAGCCCCACAAGGCCGAAGCGGCAGCCGAAGCCGUCCUCCGACGAGGGCUAUUGGGACUGCAGCGUGUGCACUUUCCGGAACAGCGCCGAGGCCUUCAAGUGCAUGAUGUGCGAUGUAAGGAAGGGCACCUCCACCCGGAAACCUCGACCUGUCUCUCAACUGGUUGCACAACAGGUUACGCAGCAAUUUGUGCCCCCUACACAAUCAAAGAAAGAGAAAAAAGACAAAGUAGAAAAAGAAAAAAGUGAAAAGGAAACGACUAGCAAAAAGAACAGUCACAAAAAAACAAGGCCCAGGUUGAAAAAUGUGGAUCGAAGUAGCGCCCAACACUUGGAAGUUACUGUUGGUGAUCUGACAGUCAUUAUUACAGACUUUAAGGAAAAAACAAAGUCACCACCUGCUUCCAGUGCAGCUUCUGCAGAUCAGCACAGCCAGAGCGGUUCUAGUUCUGACAAUACAGAGAGAGGAAUGUCCAGGUCGUCUUCACCAAGAGGAGAAGCCUCAUCACUGAAUGGAGAAUCUCAUUAAAGUUUAUUUACUCCAGUUUCUUUAGUCUUUCCAAACUUGCAAAAUGUACACAACUUCUGCCAACAGUUACCACAUUUUCAUGACUUGUUAUCCACAGUGCACGAUUUGUAUGUUUACUCAAAUAUGAUUUAUGCAGUUUUAUACAAAACAAGUGCAGCAGUGAAAUUAAAUUUCAUUGCAAUCUACAAAACCUUUUCAGAUGACUUUUUAAUCUUCAUAUAAAAAGGUGCCAUGAAAAUGUGGUUUGAAUGUUCUUGAUGCAGUGUUACUGGUAAGUCCAUUUUCACCUUUAGUUUAGUGAAUUCUAACACAACUCUUGGAUUCUAUACUAUUGGCAUGUACUGAAUUGAAUUUUUUUAUAACAUAGUUCAAGCUGCCUAAAUAUGUAUUAUUUGAGAAUUGUGAAACAUAGUUAUAUGUAUGCAAGUCAAAGAUCAACUUAAUCAACUAUUGCUGCAAAAGACUUUUCGUAAUGAUUAUCUUUAAAACACCUGCUGGUACUUGGUGUGGUUGAAUAGGAAAAAUGUUAUUAAAUAAAAAAAAAACAUUUGUAUGAA